AUGCAAAAACCAAGAAGGCUUCAUCUGCAUAAAUCCGCGUCUUCGGCAUCCCAUCAACAUGCUACGGUUUCCAAUAACUUGACGACGACACAGGAUGGAAGCUCGACAACAACUGGGAAUUAUAACCACGGAAUGAAUAACGGCUCCGCCACAGGGGCAAUCUCUCCUUCCACAUCUGUAUCAGCAAAUAUUUUCAAUCAGCAACAAUUUCCAACAAUAUCCACACCUGCUAAUAUUCCGAGUGGUGGUGGUAGCGGUAGUGGUGGCCUUCAUCAUCAUGGUGGCACGUCAUCAUCUUCUUCUGGCUCUUCCUCUGGAUACAGAAAAUAUAUUUUACUCGUUCAUGAAAAGGAUUUCAGUGAACAGGAAAUUAUUAUUAAUGGAAAGGCCUUGAGUUGGCUUCAAAUUGGAGAUAUUUUGGAAAUUACACAGCCCAAAAAUCCUCCAAAUUCAAAUCCUAUUCAUGAACAGCCUGCAACGGCGUCAUCUCCUGUUACUUCCUCCCAUUUGAAUGUCAUGGGAACAUCAUCAACACCAAUCGACAUUACAGCAACUAAUCAAAAUGCUUUUGACAAUAAUAAUUUUUCUUCUUCUCCCUUUUCGUCAUCGUUCCGAGAGAAGAAUUUAUCAAAUAGAGCUCCAACACCUCCUACAAUUGGAAGUGCUGGAGCAAUGAAACAACAAGCUCCCUCCGUUGGAAAUGUCACCAUCAGCAACAAUAAUAAUAACCAAAAUAACAAUUCAAAUACCUGCUCAAAUUCGAACAAGGCGUUUAUUGUCAAAAUUUCUUCACUUGAAACUAUGAAAGGAAUUCAAUAUUUGAGCAUUUCCAAAAAUAUUGCCGAUAUUUUCGAAUUUCAACCAAGAAGAGAAGUGUAUUUGCGAGUCAUUCCAAAAGAGAGCGCCAUGUUGGAUUAUGUAGUAUUUUCUUUGAGAGACCACUUUCUUUCUCGAUCAGACAUGUGGCGUUUUGGUCUCUAUCUCAAUGAUACAAGCGUGUACGAAUCAAAAACGUUGACAUGGCAUGGUGGAAUUAGAGUACAGGUUAAGGAAUUAAUGAAAGAAAGCGUAGGAAAAGUGUCGGCGGGCCUUAUUGUUUAUGGACACACAAAAAUUACGUACCGUUCAAAAUCUGCUGUAAUUUAUUGGCUAUUUCAAAUGAGUAGGGAAAUGUGGGAAUAUGAUGAAUAUGGAAAUUUAAAUUUUGAAAGAGUCAUUAAUGGUUUCAUUAAGACUGUAUUCGAUAGGUGGAGAGAAAUUGGUGUCAAUCAUUCACUCUCCAUUGUACUCUUUUCUAGGCAUUACUUAACCGAGGACGAUCAAAAUAAUUCCUUCUCAGAGAAUAGAGAGGAGGAUAUGGCCUCUCUUGGAAAUAAGACAAGCAUUUUUCAUUCAAUACUAGGCUCAAAAGAUGGAAGAAAAUAUGUUGACUUUUAUAAGGUAGUAGACUGGAGUGAAACUCAAAGAACAAGGUCACAGUUUAUUCGAGUUCGGUUAAAGACAGAAUUUUUAAAAUUUCAAUCAUAUAUUCAGAGCGUCUGUGAGAGAGAGAAAGUAUCCCUCACAAACUCAUCGGCAGCAGACGGAAAUUUCAUGGAAGCAAUCAAUCUAGUUCUUAACAGUUUUGACAAGUAUUACCUAAAUCGUGACUUGUCACGUACAGGUCAAGUUAUUUUGCUGGUGUCACCUGGCUGUGGCAUGUUUAAUGUACAAAUACCAGUGCUAGGAAAGAUUACAACGAAGAGAUUGAUGGAUGUAGGUCUUUCUGUUGACCUUAUUGCAUUGUCUGUUCCACCUCUUCAUUCUGUUCCCAUAUUCAAGUACAAGAAGAAGGAAAUUGGCUUUUCGAACAAUGCUGAGUCUCCCACAAUGAAAGAGUAUACUUACUAUCGAUCGCCGGAUUGGAUCAAUAUUACAUUUUAUCGAGAUAACUACUUCAAAAAUGAUAUUAAUCAAGACUUUGAUGAUUGUGAAUGCUCAGACGGUGCCACCAAUUUAUUUCUUCCAGUUUCCAAAAUGCCAAACCUAGACAACCUCCCCACAAAUUUGCCUCUUUUUGAAAAAUAUUGGCUCAAUAUUCAAGCCGUCAAUAUGAAUUCCUCGUCGUCAUCAUCAAAUUCUCACAAUAAUCUAGCUGAGCUUUUUCGACAACAUGACGAGCAUGUAUUCAAAAUUUUUCAAAUUAACAGACUCACACAAUCCACCAACAGCACCUCCUUAUCCCAUUCUUCGUCCAUGCCUCAUACCAAAAAGUCUCUGAGCUCCCUCAGCAACGACUCUCUUCAUGGAACACCAACAAAAAAGAAGGACAAUCACAUGGAUCAGGUUAUUAGCCCAAAAUCUUCACAUGGUCACAUGGUUGCUGUGGAUCCUCAUCUCGAAGAGUUGAGGCAUAAUGACAAUCAUCACCACACAAAUAAUUUGCCAAGUAGUUCAAGCAGCACAGGAGCUACUCACGAUUCAUUCUAUGGUCACCAUGACCACCAAGGAACGAACUCGAAUUCCAGUACCCCAAGCAAUACCACUUCACAUGCUCUACAAGCAAUGCAUCAUUCUCAACAUCACUCGAUUGGAAAUCAUCAUCACCAUCACCACCAACAAAACCACAAUUCUUUUUCAGGAUCCACGACUGGUGCUACCAACAUCAACAACAGUUCUAGCGCUCAACACAGCUCAACGACUCUUUUAAGACGACACUCACCUCAUUCUGGAGCAAAAGAAUUCAUGGCUGAAUUUGCAGAACGGCAUAAGGCCAAGGAGCUGUUUUACAUGAAACUCUAUAAUCCAUUCCAUAUGGAUUCCGAAAGCUUAUCAAGCCCAAGCGCACUUCAAAGCAAUAAUCAACAAAACACAUUCCACAGAAAACGAUGGGGACACCUCCAUCCUAGCUCUGGUUUGAGACCAACUCAAAAAUCUGAAUACAUCAAACACUUCCUCCUUAAUGUCAAUUGGCAAAGUAUGACAGAGCCUGCUUGUCUUCCACUCACUACAGAUUAUUGGCCAGAGAGUGCACUUAAAAUUCUCAACGAUUUCGACUUACAUACCCAUAGCAUUACGGACACAAAUGAUAUUUAUCAAAACAAUAUUGCAACUCUUGUGAGAGAGUUAGUAUGUCAGAGAUUGCAUCAAGGUUUUCAAUUAUUCAAUGACGACAUUCCCAAAGAUCCACUCACGAACGAACCCAUUGUGUUAAUUUUGGAACAUGAAUCGAGUACCAAUAUAUCUGAGCAUGGAAGUACCACUCAUAAGGAUACAGCCGACUCAGACACGCUUUCAACAAAUAGUUCUGUCUCCAACACGGAAAGUAGUACCAGCACAGGAGUUAAAAAAGGAGGACGCCCUGUCAGAGGCGCUUUGAGAGGACGAGGAGCCACAAGAGGACGUAGAAAUGCCACACAUGCAUCAUCGUCCCACGUCACAUCUUCAAAUUCAGACUCAGCAAAUCAGUCUUCGAAUGAAAGUAUCUUGUCCAAGUUGCAAAAGUCGAGACCUCAAAAGAUGGAAUACUGCCUUUCGUCUGCAAAUCAAUUCCAUAGAAUCACAUACAACCCCAAUAUUUCGAACAUGAUUACUAUUGAGAGAUAUGUUCCUAAAGCUUCCAACAAGCCCACAGGUGACAAGAGCCUUUCCAACUCAAGCAAUAUUAUUUCAAGCUUGGCUUCCUCUCAAAACGUUGUCAACAAUAGUGCUGAUCCUUUUAAUAAUGCAAGAUCUAGCUACACUUAUCGAUACAUGUUGUGGAAUCCAACUCUUGACAGUUAUGAAUCUAGAGUGACUCGUUUUAAUUCCUCAGUUGAUUAUAAUUGGAACAAAUUGGAUUACCUUAUUUGUGGAGAUCACAAUCAAAUGACAGAUGAGCUUCAUAACAGAUCUCUACAAUUUCAUUUCGUUCCAAUCAUGAACUCGAACAAACAUUUGUUCUCAUCCACUACACAACUCUUUGGAGCCUUUAACAACAAUUCUAGCUUCUCGAGCACUAAUUCACCUCCCUCAAAUGUUAUAUCGGGCGGUAUGGGCUCAUCUUCGAACGGUGAUCUUUUUUCACAAGGUUUGUCCAACUCGAAUGAAUACUCUGAAAGGAUCAAGAGUUUUAGAAAAUUCAAAGAUUCCAUUAUUAAUAGAAAUUUCAGAGCCAUGGAUGGUGAUGGCAUUGAUGUGACAAUCAUUGGAGAAGAAUCGUCACCCAAAGAUAACUCUCCUCAAACACUCUCAAGUAGUAGUCAGCCAUUUCUGCUUCAACAACAAUCAGCCUCCCUUUCCUCUCCCAUCUCAUCAGUGAAAACAUCAAAAUUCCAAUAUGUUCCUCAAGAAGGGGGUAUAGAUGACAACAGUCGUGUCGAGUGGAUCAAUAUUGUUUAUAAGGCGACCUAUCAUCCUGCAGAAUUUUGGGCCUUCAAAGUACAAUGGUUGGUAUGUACUGCAGCCUUAAUCGAUGAGUUUUUGCAGUCACUCGCUAGAAGAGCUCGUCAGUGUGGCUUUGCCAUGAUUCAAACUCCAGCCGAAAUUGAUAAUUAUACAAAUUAUGUUCAUGCAUCCAAGCAGGCCGCUGAGAGACUGGUACACGGGAAUUACAGCUCCAAGCAAGAUGUUAAACAAGACUCCAAACAAGCUUUUGAUCCUUUAGAAAAUAUUCAUCCAUUCAGAAGUUACGUAAGAAUUCCAAUUUCAUCUUUCGAAGUCAUGUACACGAUUAGAAACGCAGUUUGUGAACCACCAUUCAAUUUCAUUCCAGAUUCCUUCCAGAGAAAGCUCUCGAAACGAUUCAUUCACAACAGUGGAUGUAUCAUGUUGCACAUUGAUGUCGUGAAGGGCACAGACACAGCAUUGAUUACUUGGAUUGACAACCCGUUCCAAACGUUUGACUUGUCCAUUGCCCCUCUUGUCAAACAAAAUGAAAUUUUGAAUCUACUUCGCAAAUUGGUCUAUUCAGAAUCAACCACCAAUGCUGUCAAAGUUUCUCCAACCACUAUUUAUUCACCCCAUCACGAGCUGUGA